AUGGCUAUCUCUAAGAAUCUCCCAAUCUUGAAGAACCACUUCAGAAAGCACUGGCAAGAGCGCGUCAAGGUGCACUUCGACCAGGCUGGUAAGAAGGUGUCCAGACGUUCUGCCAGAGCUGCCAAGGCCGCCAAGAUCGCUCCAAGACCUCUAGACUUGUUGAGACCAGUUGUCAAGCCUCCUACCAUCAAGUACAACAGAAAAGUCAGAGCUGGCAGAGGUUUCACUUUGCGUGAAGUCAGAGCCGCCGGCUUGACCCCAGCUUACGCCAGAACCAUUGGUAUCGCUGUCGACCACAGACGUCAAAACAGAAACCAAGAAAUCUUUGACUUGAACGUGCAGAGAUUGCAGGAAUUCCAGUCUAAGAUAAUUGUCUUCCCAAGAAACGGUAAGGCCCCAGAAGCCGAACAGGUUUUGUCUGCCGCUGCCUCUUUCCCAAUUGCCCAGCCAGUUGGUGAACAAGGUACUACCAGAGCCGUUGAAGACAGCGGUGAGUCUGCCUUCAGAACUUUGAGACUAGCCAGAUCCGAUAAGAGACACCAAGGUAUCAGACAAAAGAGAGCUCAAGAGAAGGCCGAAGCUGAAGCUGACAAGAAGAAAUAA